AUGGACGAAUCAAAUAGAAUAGUAAAUUUCGAAUCAACUCGUUUACGAGGUGCGCUUUCAGGUCAAUUAUUUCAUGGAGUUUGUGGUGAUAAGUUUCCGACUGUCUCGAUAAUUAAAGUGAAAGGAAGCGACAAAAUUCUUGGAGGUUAUAAUCCAAUCACAUGGGUUUCUGGUAUAAUUUUCUUUUAUGGCGCAACUAAGGAUAGCUUUAUAAUCUCAUUUAAAGAUAAGAAUGAUAUUAACAAUCAUAUUUUAAGCCGAGUAAAGAAUGAACAACGUUCUAUAUAUAAUCAUUUUAAUUGCGGUCCUGGAUUUGGCUAUUCGGAUCUUAUGAUUAGUCCUGUUUAUGGUAAUAAAUGUAGUAUAAUGUCUGAUUAUGAUAAGCCGAUUAGAGAAACUAACGAUAGCUUUGAAAACACGUCUAGCUUUAUGAAUCUGGAUCAAAUAAUUGAAGUCUAG